CUGUGUUUACAAACGUCACAGGUGCAUUGUGGGAAGCAGAUGAUUGGCCCCGGCGCCAUUUUGCCGCUUCCAUCGUAAAAUCCUGCUUUGCCGCACAAACGCGUCUCUUCUGCCGCUGAAAGCCCGCACUAAACCGUGUACCCUCGGUGAUCAUUUGGCGCCAUGGCCCGUACCAAGCAAACAGCCCGUAAGUCCACCGGAGGAAAAGCUCCCCGAAAGCAGCUGGCCACCAAAGCAGCCCGCAAGAGCGCCCCCUCCACAGGGGGGGUGAAGAAACCCCAUCGCUACAGGCCCGGUACCGUGGCCCUCAGAGAGAUCCGUCGGUACCAGAAGUCCACCGAGCUGCUGAUCCGAAAGCUUCCCUUCCAGCGCCUGGUGAGGGAGAUCGCUCAGGACUUCAAGACCGACCUGCGCUUCCAGAGUGCAGCCAUCGGAGCGCUGCAGGAGGCUAGCGAGGCCUACCUGGUGGGGCUCUUCGAGGACACCAACCUGUGUGCCAUCCACGCCAAACGCGUCACCAUCAUGCCCAAAGACAUCCAGCUGGCCCGCCGCAUCCGCGGAGAGAGAGCUUAAACUCUCCUGUCGUACUUCAGUCCUGUUUUUCUGUCCCCUCACCUGUCCACUUUGUCUGCUCCCCCACCCCCUCCUGCCAGCUACUCGGUAGACAUUAGACAUCCUGAUUAUGAACAGAUAGAAAUAUGUUGAAGUCUUGUCUCAUAGAGGUUUUCGUCUCUCAUCUUCAGAUGCUUUUAGGGUACCUUUCUCAUAUGCUGCUUUGGAGAUCAGACGCACAUGUCGGGGGCGCAUUCAAACAUCUGUCCCUGAUCCGGGUGGGGGCUCUGACGCCUUUUCUGUGUUUGAAAACAGCUGAGGGUCUGGGCCGAGGGGCUAGUCUGCUUAAGGGGAGCUGCAACUUCCACAGCAGGGUGCUAUUAAAACUAGUCCUGAGGCCGGUGACCUGACCCCCCCAUCCAUCUUCUAUGGAGGGGGGGCUGCUCUGUAUGUGUGAGCAUGUGCAGCUAGAUCUUCCAAACCAGCCGUUCUCGUGAAACAAUCUCCUGGUGGCUUAAAAAUGGAAUAAUGUUGUGCACAUGGUCAUUAUCUUUUUGUACGCGUUCGAUUCGGAAAUGAACAGAAUAGGAGAAAAAAAAA